UGCUGCUGCUGCCGGCUUCGCAAUGCGUACCUCCCUGUGGAUUGUUGUGCUUGCUCUUCUCGCGCAAGCUUCUGCUAGAGUCUCGAAAGGUCUGAAAGAAGAUGUUAAAAAAAAGAAGCAACUUUGAUUCAGUGGAUGCCACAAAAGAAUACACUCUGGAAGCGCUGGUGGCAGAUGCCAAUUACACAGAAACCGAAAUCUUCCUGUCGAACUUAGAGAGCACCACGAAUUCUGGAGUUAAUUCAACAACUACGAAACCGAUCUAUCACAACGGAACGGAUGAAAACGGAAGAAUUUUGGGAGGAACACCUCUUACGGCUGCUACAUUCGUGUCGCCAUUCACUGCCUAUGUCUUUAUUCAAUCCUUCAAUGCUGUUGGGGUUCUUAUACAGGAAUGCGGGGGUGUAAUUUUGUCCACCGUUUGGGUGUUGACUGCCGCUCAUUGCGUCGCGCUGGCCACAGAUGUUACUGUCUUCGCUGGGGCGAUUGUGAAUCCGCUGAAUACGACCACUACACAAAGUACAGCCACGAAAAUAAUUCAUCCCAAUUUUAAACAGAACUGCUUAUUAAAUGACAUCGCUCUGCUUAGAUUAGACACAGCGCUUAAAUUUAGUGGAACUGCCGGGAAAGCUUCUCUGUCGCUCGUCAGACCCACCACUGCGUUGGACAAUAUUGUUUUUACGACACUGGGAUUCGGUCCUCCUGAUGACGCAACUGUUCCGGUCCUUAUAAAAGACCGGGCAGUAAAGACUGCUGUCGACACGCAGACUCUGAAUAAUGCAUGGAACAACGCACAGGCAAGAGCAUCUUUUGUGGACGUGCCAUCAACCCUGAAUGUUAUCGAUAUGCAGAAUAUGAAUAGAGCAACGUGCAACCAACAGACAGCACCAAUUUACGUGUUGUACCCAGCAAACACGGGAUGUUUGAAAACCGCUGGCGGAACUAAAGGAAUCUGCAAUGCUGACCCUGGCGGACCUGUUUUUUACGAAUCUCCAACUGAUGACUUCGGGAAAGUUAUUGGCAUCAACUCUCAAAUCUUGGGCUGCCCACGUCAACAACCCAGCUCAUUCACCUGGAUUUAUCCCUACAUUCCCUGGAUCCAUUCCAAGACUUUUAUAAAUUUUCUGUAAUGCUGCGUAAAUCAUCGUUAUUUAUUGUUGGUAUUGGAAGUUGCGACCCAAAUAAAUAAUUUUUAU